UAUUUCACUAUUGCAAUGGAAUUACAGUACUCCUUUCUAGCUAUUACUUUACUCCCCUUCUUGUUGCUUUGGCUUGCAAAGCAGAAAAUCAAAGUUAGCAGAGCCAUGGUUCAUAAACAACCCCCGGGGCCAUGGAAACUGCCUCUAUUAGGGAACUUGCAUCAACUGGCAAUGGCGGGAUCACUUCCACACCAUGCUCUUAGAGAUUUAGCUCACAAAUAUGGUCCUCUAAUGUACCUUCAACUGGGCGAAAUUCAUGCAAUGGUUGUAUCAUCCCCUGAUAUGGCCAAGGAGAUAAUGAAGACUCAUGAUCUUGCUUUUGCAAAUAGACAACAAACUCUUGCUGCUCAAAUUAUGUUCUAUGGAAAUAAAGAUAUUGUCUUUGCUCCAUAUGGUGAUUACUGGAGACAGAUGAGAAAGGUAUGUACCUUAGAGCUUUUUAGUGCUAAAAGGGUUCAAUCUUUCUCAUACGUUCGAGAAGAUGAGGUGGCUAAACUCAUACAAUCCAUUCGAUUUUCUACACCAAAAGGUUCACCAAUCAAUUUCAGCAAAAGCGUGUUUUCUUUGUUAAGCGCUUUAGUUUCAAGGACGGUAUGGGGUAAAAAAUCCAACUAUGAAGAUGAAAUUAUGCCUUUGCUCCAGAAAACUAUGGAAAUGGUUGGAGGUUUUGAUGUUGCUGAUUUGUUCCCUUCACUAAAACCUCUUCAUCUCAUAACUCGGAAGAAAGCUAAAUUGGAGGGUAUGCGUAAGAAGCUGGACAAGAUCUUAGAAAAUGUUAUCAAUGAUAAUCAAUCAAACCAUGGAAAGGAUGAAACUCUCAUUGAUGUUCUUUUGCGUGUGAAACAAAGUAGCAAUCUUGACAUACCAAUCACUAUUGAGAACAUCAAAGCCGUUCUAUGGGAAAUGUUUGGUGCUGGGACUGAUAGUUCAGCAACGGUAAUAGAGUGGGCUAUGUCAGAGCUGAUGAAGAACCCAAGAGUGAUGGAGAAGACACAAGUUGAAAUAAGAAAAGCUUUCAAGGGGAAGAAAAUUAUUAUCGAGACGGAUCUACAAGAACUUAGUUACUUCAAGUUGGUGAUCAAAGAAACCUUGAGGUUACACCCACCUGUUCCUUUGCUGCUCCCAAGAGAAUGUAGGGAAACUAGCAUGAUUGGUGGGUACGAAAUAUCUGUUAAUACUAAAGUGAUAGUAAAUGCAUGGGCACUUGGAAGAGAUCCCAACCUUUGGUAUGAUGCAGAGAAGUUUAUACCCGAGAGGUUUCAUGACACGAGUUUUGAUUUUAGAGGGAAUAACUUUGAGUACCUCCCUUUUGGGGCAGGAAGGAGAAUAUGUCCUGGAAUUUUACUUGGCAUAGCCAAUGUUGAGCUUUCUUUAGCUGCAUUACUCUACCAUUUUGACUGGGAACUCCCCAAUAGUAUGAAACCAGAUGACUUGGACAUGAUUGAACACUUUGGAUCUACAGUUGGAAGGAAAAAUAGCUUGUAUUUGAUUCCAACUCCGUAUGAUUAUUCCCUUCAUCAUGAUGUUCAUGUCCUCACCUAUUGACCAUAUGUUUGAUUACUUGUUGGUGGCUUGGAAUGGCGUGACUCAUAUUUUAAGGGAAGGGAAGGCGAAGGCGGAUGAGCUGGCUAAGGAAGGGUGCUUCCGUGUGGAACCGAUUUGGUCUUAUGUGGGUAACACAGGGCUAUGAAACUAUUUUCCUGCCGUUUUGAUUUGUUUGCAGGGUGUUGGAAGAUUUUAGUUGUUGUUUUCAUUUGCUGUUAUUGCUGUUGUUGUUGCUGUUGGCUGCUGUUGAUGUUGUUGUUGCUGAUGUUGUUUGUUGUUGCUGUACGAAUUUGGUUGUUGUUUACUGCUGUUGCUGUUGUUGUU